AUGGCCCAACUGCCCUUCCAGCUCGAUGAUCCUUCGCUGUUGCACUUUGACUCGUUUGUCGGGAACGAGUGGGUUCAGUCAAAGCACGGGGAGCGCUUUGAGGUCGUGGACCCCGGCACUAAUAUCCCCUGGGCCAGCUGUCCGACCAACACGUCCGACGACGUCGACGCGGCCGUGAAGACCGCCCAUACAGCCUUUCAACAGUAUCGCAACGUCACUCCCCGACAACGCGCCCAAUGGCUCCUCCGCUGGGACACCCUCAUCCGCGAAGCCAAACCCGAUAUUGCCCGCAUCCUUACUCAUGAAACCGGGAAACCGCUGGCGGAGGCCAUGGGCGAGAUUGAUUAUGCCACCAGCUUUACUUGGUGGUUUGCCGGAGAGGCGGAGCGUAUCCAUGGGACCAUCAGCGCGUCGUCGAUGCCGAAUCGUCGAGUCUUAACGGUCAAGCAGCCGAUCGGGGUUGCCGUCGCGUUGGUGCCCUGGAAUUUCCCCAUUGCUAUGAUCCUGCGCAAGGCGGGCGCCGCUUUCGCAGCGGGAUGCACGAUGAUUGUGAAGCCGAGUCCGGAGACCCCGAUCGCGACGUUGGCCGUUGCUCAUCUGGCGCAAAAAGCAGGCUUUCCGCCGGGUGUGUUCAACGUGCUCACGACCGACUUGGCGAAUACACCCUCGCUGAGUGAGAAUCUCUGCAAACAUCCGCUGGUGAAGAAGGUUUCGUUUACGGGGUCGACUCGUGUCGGGAAACUGAUCGCUGGUCACUGUGCCACGGGCCUGAAGAAGGUCACCCUUGAGCUAGGCGGCAACUGCCCGUUCAUUGUGUUUGACGAUGCGAACCUCGAUCUCGCACUCGACCAGCUCAUGGCCCUGAAGUGGCGCCAUGCCGGUCAAGCUUGUAUCACGGCGAAUCGUGUGUACGUUCAAGCGGGAAUCUUCGAUGCCUUUGCCCAGCGCCUCAAAGAGCGCACGAACGCUCUUGUCGUCGGCCAUGGCGCCAAAGAAGGGACCACCAUGGGGCCACUUACAACGCCACAAGGAGUGGACAAGGCGCGGAAGCAGGUCGAAGAUGCACAGAAACGCGGAGCCACAGUUCUCUGCAGUGGGACCGUGCCGGAGAACAAAGAGGGUUACUUCUUCCCGCCGACAAUCCUCACCGGUAUGACGCCGGAGAUGUUGAUCUCGCAAGAGGAGAGCUUUGCGCCCAUUGCGGCGCUUUACAAAUUCGAUACGGAGGAGGAAGCGGUCCGUUGCGCCAACGAUACCAGCAUGGGUCUGGCUAGUUAUGCGUUUACUCGUGAUGUUAACCGGGUUUGGAGGUUGAUGGAGAAUCUCGAAGCGGGUAUGAUUGGGCUGAAUACUGGAAAUUCAUCCGCGGCGGAAUCGCCCUUUGGAGGUAUCAAGGAAUCUGGAUACGGAAAGGAGAGCGGAAUGGAGGUGGCUGUUAACGAAUAUCUGGUAACCAAGACGGGCACGUUGACGGUCGAGCAGUAG